AUGCCCAUGGCGGUAUAUUUGCACCAAGCCUGCUAUCCGGACUCAAAACGCUUCUCACUUAGGCCCGAAUCUCCCUACCGCCUCAUCCCUCGGCCUCCACUAGUCGGAUUUCUUACCAUUUACUUUCACUGUCGCUUUGUGCCUUUGUGUAUACCUUUCUCUCACGGUCCCGCCAACCUCGUCAAACGUUGGGAUGUGAUGGAGCCAAUUCCCGGUUUUCUGACGCACAGGCCAUCAGGAGCGGCGGCAAGUUGUCCCCUCUUCUCGGGCUAUUUUUGUGGCCAUAUGCUCUUUUCAAAAGUGUCCAAAGAAUCAGCGUUUGGCACUAUAUCCGGGCUUCUCGUAGCUGUCAAUGUGUGGGCGCAUAGCCCACAUAACAAGUUGCAAUAA